AUGAGAUGGCAAGGCAGCCAGUCAAACAGCAAAAUGCUGAAUUUAGGGGCAAAGAUCGGCUACAGCGUGGGCCACCGUCUCGCCACCUGUGAAUAUGUAACUGAUGACGUGGCGCUGACUCAUCACGAUUGCCGCCUCAAUUGCCGCCACUAUGAAAGAAACCGCCGUCACCACCAACACCGAGAAAGCCGCCGCCUUCGGGUGCCCGGCUCCUAUCUCUACCACGUCUCCAAGCACAGCAUCACCGCUGACGCAAUAGACAGCUUGACGAACCCCCACAGCCCCGUCAGCGCCUCCCACUUGAACCCCGUCCACGUGUCCCUGCACCUGUGGCUCCUCACGAUGUACACGAAUUGGGCCGUCACGAUAACCCACCACGACAGGCUCAGCACAAGGGACGCCCCCAGCAGGCCCAUACCCAAUCUGUAA